AUGCCAGCUCGCAGCUCGCGAUUCUUCCCUCAUGUGACGGAACAAGCCAAACGGCCUGUUGAGAAGGUUGUUGAAUACCAACAACGAAGCCCGUCACCUCCACCUCCGGAGGAGAUCUUCAGCCACCCUGUCUACUUCGGCGGCUCGGGUCGGCCCUUGGUCCAUCUGCCAACCCCCAAGCCCGUAGUCAAAUUGCCACCUAAGGGUUUGGCCGCUCAAGCUGCGCAAGUUGCCCCAGCCGCGCCAGCUGCAGCAGCUGCACCGCCUACAUUCGCCUCCAUGGCAGCAGCACCACCGCGAGCUCCAGUGCCGGCCUCAACUGCGAUGUCUUGGCAGGAGAAGAUCAACGGGCUCUUCGGCAAGAAGACCCCGGUCGAGAAGAAGAGCGCUUUGGCUGUAGCCUCGGCGACAAAGGAGCCUUUGGACGUCCAAUUGCCCGUCGCGGCAGUUCCCGUGUCUUUGCCUAGCACCGAGCAGCCUUACCCUUCGGGAGACGGUGAUCUUGCGGUCCGACAAGUGGACGAACAGGACGAUAUCUUCGAAGACCGUGAGCCCGGCUCUCUUCCAGGUGUCCGUGUCCCCAUGAUGGCACCCCCAGCGGCAUGGCUCGCCGCACCAGCUCCGUCCCAAUCACGAUUGCGCGCAAAGAAUUUGAAAACGAUGCAGAUCCACAGCGUGGAACCCUUCUGGAUUGGUUUCGGUGAUAAGGAUCACGCCGGUAACAUUCGAGCCUCGAUCCGGCUGCCUGGUUCACUCAUUUCGAAGACGAUUAGUCUUCCGAAAAAGGCCGGAGCCCCAAAUGCAAUUCCGAAGCCGCAGCAGCGCAGCACAUCCAACUUCAAGGCUCGGAAGGGGUCUAAGCCCCGCGAUGCCGUUACAGCCACCGGGCCUAAGGAUGCCGCGAAGAAGCCCUCUGUAUCUCAGCAGAGCAGCGCGCCUUCGUCCUCGCCACGGCACAGUCAGUCCCGGACUGCAUCUUGGGGUCCACGCCAAGGCUCCCGUUAA